ACAUUCAGCUGAUUAUCAACUUAUUUAAAAUCAAAAAAAAAAGUAAUAAUGCAUAAACAAUAACAAAUUAUGUGAUUAUAAAGUCGAAGAUGCCUUUUUAACCAACGCAUUCCAUUUCGUUAAAUUGUUAUUGUCUAUAUUGAUAAUGUUAUUUACUCCAAUAAUUAAACAAAAGAAAGGUGGCAAUAAAAGCUCAUUGCCACCACCUCUUCCGGACGGCUCUUCGGUAAUUGGAGUAUUCACCGGUAUUUCGGUAGAAGUGUGCGGUGCCGAAGAUAUUAGAAAAAUAUACGAAAAUGGAUUUUUUGGUAAAGGCAGUAAAUCCAGAGGAGCACCGAAAUUAGUAACAACUGACACCAUCGAUGAUACCGAGAGCCUGUCACUGGAAUUGGAAGAGUCUGCAUUUCUGGCAUAUUUUCUUGGUAUCUUACGUAUACACGAUAUCCAAUGUAACGAAAUGCAAUAUAGAGAAUUUUUGGAAGCUGCUAGAAAUGUUAAUUCGCAUUUUCUAGAAUGUUUUGGUUCUUAUCUAUAUCUUAAGUCAAAAGGAUGGGUUAUUAAAAGUGGUAUUAAAUUCGGCGGCAACUUUUUGAUUUAUAAAAGAGGUCCGCGUUACAACCAUGCUAGCUUCAUUAUUUUUGUGCAUACUAAAUCUGAUACAAAAGAUAUCUCAAUCAAAGACCUAAAAGGACUUCAGCGCAUUGCCGAAACCUCAGAUAAGGAUGUCUUGUUGCUGGAAGUGUCGAAACCAAAUGAUUUAACUUAUAAUACUAUUUCCGACCUUGCUGCACUUAAAAUUUCAGAAACAAUAAUUAGACGAUUUAACAGCACUUCAUUUGUACAAAGUCAAAAGAUAACAAAAUAGAACGAUGAAAAUUACA